CUCCGGUCCUGGGAGGGGACGGCGGGACCGGCGGGACCGGCGGGACCGGAGGGAGGGAGGACUGAUCAGGGAGAUGGCCGCGGCGCCCGGAGGGUCAGCGCCGCCCACCGGCCCCGUCCCGCGCUUGGGUUUCAGCACCACGGACAGCGGCGUCGGCUUGAGCGGGCUAAACCCAGGUCCUGCCGUGCCCAUGAAGGACCACGACGCCAUCAAGCUCUUCGUGGGGCAGAUCCCGCGGGGCUUGGAUGAGCAGGACCUCAAGCCGCUGUUUGAGGAGUUCGGCCGCAUCUACGAGCUGACGGUGCUGAAGGACCGGCUCACCGGCCUCCAUAAAGGCUGUGCCUUCCUCACCUACUGCGCCCGGGACUCUGCUCUCAAGGCUCAGAGUGCACUGCACGAGCAGAAGACCCUGCCAGGGAUGAACCGUCCAAUCCAAGUGAAGCCAGCUGCCAGCGAGGGCCGAGGAGAGGACCGAAAGCUGUUUGUGGGGAUGCUGGGGAAGCAGCAGGGUGAGGAGGAUGUCAGACGCCUGUUCCAGCCUUUCGGCCAUAUCGAGGAGUGCACUGUCUUGCGGAGCCCGGAUGGCACCAGUAAAGGCUGUGCCUUUGUGAAGUUUGGGAGUCAGGGGGAAGCUCAGGCGGCCAUCCAGAGUCUGCACGGCAGCCGGACCAUGGCGGGUGCCUCAUCCAGCCUCGUGGUCAAGCUGGCGGACACGGACCGGGAGCGAGCCCUGCGUCGUAUGCAGCAGAUGGCGGGCCAGCUGGGCGUCUUCCACCCGGCGCCGCUGCCGUUUGGCGCCUGCGGAGCCUACACCACGGCGAUCCUGCAGCAGCAGGCGGCCUUGCUGGCAGCGGCCCAGGGCCCGGGACUAGGCCCGGUGGCUGCGGUGGCCGCACAGAUGCAGCACGUGGCGGCCUUCAGCCUAGUCGCCACGCCGCUGCUGCCCGCGGCAGCCAACUCCCCUCCUGGCGGUGGCCCGGGCGCGCUUCCGGGGCUCCCGGCACCUUUCGGAGUCAAUGGAUUCAACUCCCUGACCCCUCAGACCAACGGGCAGCCGGGCCCUGACACCCUCUACAAUAACGGGCUCUCCCCUUACCCAGCCCAGAGCCCAGGUGUGGCUGACCCGCUGCAGCAGGCCUACGCUGGGAUGCACCACUACGCAGCCUACCCAUCAGCCUAUGCCCCAGUGAGCACAGCUUUCCCUCAGCAGCCUUCAGCCCUGCCCCAGCAGCAAAGAGAAGGUGAGGGACAGGGCUGGACAUCAGGACCUGGUGGGGCUGGACUCAGGGUCCCUUCCCUGAAACAGCCUGCUGCUGUUCCUGCAGGCCCCGAAGGCUGUAACCUCUUCAUCUAUCACCUGCCUCAGGAGUUUGGUGACGCAGAACUCAUACAGACAUUCCUGCCCUUUGGAGCUGUCGUCUCUGCCAAAGUCUUUGUGGAUCGAGCCACCAACCAGAGCAAGUGUUUCGGGUUUGUUAGCUUUGACAAUCCAACCAGUGCCCAGACAGCUAUUCAGGCCAUGAAUGGCUUUCAAAUUGGCAUGAAGAGGCUCAAGGUCCAGCUAAAGAGGCCCAAGGAUGCCAACAGGCCUUACUGAUCUGCUCUCACUGACCAGUCACAGAAAGAUUCAGAAGAGUGAGAAGAAGAAAAGAGAGGAAAAGCACAGAAGCGCUUAAGCAGCCCUUCUUGAAGGAGCAGCCGCAGACGGAGGUGGAUUGGGCCCAAGGCCAGUGCCUGGGGCUCAGGCCACUUUAAGGAUUGUCUUCAUCAAGUGGGCUGUUCUAUGCCUGUGGCAUAAAGCUCAGGCUGGAAAAGCAGCUGGGACUGGCUGAAGAUGAACUGUCAAGGGAACCAGCAGAGGGACUUGGUGGUGCCAGAGGCUUCUCUGCAAGGGAAGCUCAGAUUUACUUCAUUCAAAAUCAUAUCAUUCCUUAGAGUUUAGGGACCAAAGGACUAUUGCUUUUUAAAGAAUAUAUAUAUCAAAACAAAACAAAACACAUAAAAGAGAAACACAAAGAUAGAGUCUCAUAAAAGCUGCCUUUAAAUAUCCCUAGGAGACAGGGUGAAGGAGACCUUUAAAAGCCCAAGCCUACUCAAAGGGAGGCUGUAGAAAGAUUGUUGUUCUGUGUCACAUAGUCUCUUAAACCAUCUCCCCACACUGCCUUUUUAAAAUAAUUAAGGACUUGAAGUCUAGGCUCAGAUGCAGGUGACAAGAGAGUUAUGGAAACAGUGAACCCACAGUACCCAAACACAGAGAGCAUCACCGAAGAGGCUUCAGGAGGAACUCUGGCCUGCCCUGGCCUUUACCACCAAGAGUGGGAACCUGCCUUUCUUUCCUGACAGCCUUUCCUGUGGAACCACUACUUCUCUGGGCUGGAAGAAAAAGGGAGUUUUGGCCACCCUAGCUUUUCCCUUUCCUCUCCAUAUAGACAGAGGCCCUGCCUUUGGCUGAGCCGAGACACCUCCUAAUUGCCCACACGGGGAGCCAGCCCCAGUGUCCCCUUGCUCCAGGCCACCUUCUAUUUCUAAGUUUGACCACCUGUAAAGUAGAUUCAGAAUACAUGUAGAGGGCUGUGACAACAGACUUGGAAGUUUGCUGCUGUAUAUACAGCCAUUAAGAAGGGAGUAAUUUUCAAUAUCUAGAAGGUUCAGAAUUUAAAGUCCCUCUUUACCCACGACCUGGGAGAGUAGAUGUUUUGCCAAAAUACUUCUUCAUUCCUUUAAAAAGUAUAUCUUUCUUAUGCAAUAGUGUUUCACGUGCUUAUCCAAGGUGCUUCUAGAUGGUGAGCAGUGUUCAGCUUAGAAGUGGUGUGUGCUUUGUCCGUCUUUGUCUGUCUGUUGUAUACUGUGGGUGCCAUAUAAAGCUGACCAAUGGUGGUACUUCCUGCUUGCGUCUGUGAGAUGGGCAAAAGAUUUCAGCUUAGAACGCCAUGAUUCAUCUUGCCUUUGCCAGCCUUUCCUGGGCCUGCAGGGACUUGCACAUAUCAGAAGGAUAAUUUUCUCUCCACCCCAUAGACAUGGAUUAAACUGGUCUGUGGCCCCACCUGUGUGGUGGGCACUCUGAUCCUCAGAUGUUGCUGAGGCUGGAGGCCUUUGAUCUGAUAGCAAAUCAGAGAGCAAAGGAUGUGAGGGUGGGAUCAGAGGGUUCGUCCUUUAUAACAGUUUUUAAGAAAACCUAUUCCUACCUUUUCCUCUGUCUUUGACUCAUUUUUGGAAGGAAUGGGAUGAAAAAUAGAUCCAGUAAUAAAAUUACCAGGUAAGGUAUGGUAUAUAUCAAUUAAUAAUUUUCAACUGAGAGAAGAACCAGUGUUAAGGGCAUCUGUACAUCAGCACAAUGCUGACACAUAGACUGACCACCCUAGACACUGAUGGAGCUAGGUAGCACCUACAUAUUCAAACAGAUGUUCACAUAGAGGUAUAGAGGCCCCCUCAGUACUAGGUUCUAAGCACUGUGCUAGGAACCUGGGCUCAGGCAUGUUCUAAGUACUCAAAGUUAGGAGGAAAGACAGACCAAUAAUGUAGUUAUAAUGGAGGGCCACACAUGGUCUAUGAUAAGAAGAGUACCUAAUUCAGACUUGAUUGGUAAUUCAGACUUGAUAGAUCAGAAAAAGGUUUCCUGAAGGAUAUUAAAAGAAGGGUCUUCGAGGAUGAACUGGGACUUUUGGACAAAGACAUUUGGACAGUGCAUCAUUUUGAUCAAUUAACUUAAUUACCAAGAAAUAAUAACAAUUACCAUUUAUUCAGUGCCUACUAUGUGCAGACAAUGGGCACCAAGACUCUUUUCCCAUUACAAAGUCACGUUAAGAGACUUGAACCAAAAUGGUAUUUAAAAGUAUUUUGCUUCAUACUUAGGAACUGCCAGAUUGUGUGCCAAUGGCUGCAGAGGUCGGCAGAGUCUAGGUAAAGGGUCAGCAGACUAUGGUUUGUGGACAAAUCUGGCCUGCAGUCUAUUUUUGUAUAGCCUAUAGGCCUUAGUUUGUAACUAAGGAUGUUUUUUACAUUCUUAAAGGAUUGUAAAAAAUGUUUUAAAUAAUACAGAGACUAUGUGUGGCCCACAAACUCUAAAAUAUCUGAUCUUUUAGAUAAAAAGUUUGCUGACCCCUAUAAGAUCAUGGAAGACUUGUAAAAUGUCUAAUGAGUUUGAACAACAUGGUGUUUGUGUCUCUGUUGUUUGUGCAUUUAGUAGUCUGAACCCUUUUAGCUGCAAGUGUCAAAAACUCAACUCAAACAUGUUUAAGCCAAUAAGAAAUUACUUGGGUAAUGUAAUUGAUAAAUCAAAGGAUAUAUCUUCCUUCAGGCAUGGCUGGAACUAGGGGUUCAAAUAAUGAUGUCUCCAUCUUUUGGCUUGGCCUCACUAGUUCUAGCUCUAAAGUCCUAGGGAGAACUUUGGCCAGAAUGGACAUGUGCCCACCUCUAGGGUGGAAGAGUAGACCACCAUAAUUGACAACUUCACCAGGACUAUGUGGAGGGGAGGAAUGGCUCCCCAAAAGAAGGGAUGAUGGACAAAUAAGCAAUGUGCAUCUACUAUAUUCCACUUCUUUAUUGCUCAGCAUCCACCUGUAGUUUUCUUGACAAACAUACAAUUUCAAAAGUGUGCCUGCCUAUCAAUGCAAUGACCAAAAAAACAUGCUCACUUCCCAAUGGAAGACAAAACAGGAUCAUGUCCAGUUGCUUUAUUGAACGAACCCCCAGUCCAGGAUCCCUCUGUAAUGUGCAAUUCUUGAUCAGGUCUGGAUAUAACUUCUCAUGAUUUUGCAAUCCAUAUCCAAAAGAUAAAUUUAGCUACUUCUAUAUAACCAAUAUAAAAUGGGGGAGGAAAAUAGGAUAACCAGUUUUUAAAAAGGAAAAACACACCUUCCAUUUGGAAUAGGGGAGAAGAGAAAACAGUGGUCACUGAUCUAUAGCAUAUAGCACAUCCUUCUGGACAGUGGAGCAAGCUUCUUGAUCAAAACUGAUUGUUCUUCAUCCUUUCCACUGGGAAGUACCCUUACCUAUUUUCCUUUAUGGGCAUCCCUGAGAGGAUGUCCCUUCUGGAACUGAAGCUUCCCUCUUCCCUUUGGGCAUGAUUUUGGGCCCAAAGAAUGUCUUAGAGAUUAUACAUUCCCAGAACCUCAUUUGCCAGGUAUGAGGAUUUUCUAGUGAUACAAUUCCUUUCAAACUGAUUGAUUUGAUUCUAGGGCUCUUGUGAGCUACUAACCAUCAGCAAGAUCUUACUGAGUCCUUGUCCUUGAGUCUGGAUCUGGCCUUUGGAAUUUCUGUCUCUCAGCAACAGACCACACUUUGUCCAUUUCCUUCUCUCUUAACAUCAUGGCUUCCAUAGGGCCUGUCUGGCAAUAAGUCAACCUUAAUCUGCUCAACACCCCCAGAGACAGAUUCCCUAUUCAUUACUUGGGUGGCUCAUGCUCCAGUGGCCCUGAGCAGAUAGUCACAAACCCCUGAGUUGCACUGGCUCCUAAGCCUCAACCCAAGGAGAUGCUUAGCACAGGAGUGAGACAACCACACCACCACUCAUUCUGGCCAACCUGCAGGUUGCUCUACUCCUCACCCUCUGGCCAUGGUCUAUUAUUACACUGAGGCCAGUUCACCAAAAUAUUCCUGAAGGGAGUAUGGCAAUGGACACCAAAUUUGGGGAGCCUCAAGAACUUAUAUAACUUGAGGACCACAGGCAGAGCCUUUAGCUGUUAACCUUUCUCCUAGAGUAGGUCAGAAAUGGCUUGAUCUGGCAACCUUGGCACUGGGCCCCUUACAGAAAGCCAGCAGUCUGGGCUAGAUUCCCUGUUUUUGAGCAGGAAAAAGUCAGUUGUGUCCUCAUGACUUUCUUGUUACUAUUGGGACCAAUGUUGAGAUGGGGUCUUUGAUUGUGGCCCCUGUCUUAACCCAAGCACUCUAGAAAGCAGACUCUAGGCAAGGAUUAAAGAACUCAUACUUUUUUGGAAGAUGGAAGCCCAGGAUGGCAAAAGGAGAGACUUGUGAGGCAAGGAAAGAUGCGGAAGGAUGUAAUACAAUGCCUUACUGUGUUGACCACAAUUUUAUAUGAGCCAGGGGGAGAGAGAAGAUCUGACAGGUUUGUUUGCUAAGCACAAGGUGUUUGCAAGGAAAACCACACCUUGGAGCAGGUCACAAAGAGGAGAAUUGAGGGGGAAUUUGUCUAUCUGUUCCCUUCAUGUCUCCUGUUUUCUAUUGGCCAAGGUGCACCCCAAAGGGUACUAACUCACUCUGAGUUGCAUCAUUGUCCUCUGGGCAUCUGCUUGGGAAUUCAGAUCCCAUGGCCUGUCAUGUGGCAUUUCUACUAUAGAUGUGGCAGUGGAUGGGCUACUUGGCAUGGGUGGGGUGCCAACUAAGGAAGAGUAAGAAGGAGGUAGCCUAGAGAGUCCAAGAAGGAGUAUGAGGUUUGUGACCAAUACAUCCCACUCUCUCCCACAGGAUUCACAGCCAAGGUCCCCAGGCACCAGAAUCCUUGGCACUGUCUGAAUGCUAAGUGAAAUAAAUACUGUUUAACUUGGGAGAAAAAAGAAGCAUUCAGGUGUGGCUUGGAGGAUCAGUCUUUAUCUCUGGAACUUCCCAAGCCCUAAGCUCCAGUAUCUCCUAUUGGAUUUCCUAUUUCUAUGCCUUUAUUCUCACUCACUUUAGCUGGGGGAGGAGGAUCUGGUUUUAUCAUCUAUAAAACGCAUCAUUACUAGACCCUUGGCAGUCUUAGCUUGCUAGCCACAAGCAGAAAAGGCAACUCUAAACAGCUGUAUACAGUUCUGGUUCUGCCAGCAUAGAAGAAAGCUGAACUGCAGAACCUUACUAAAAAUCUUGAGAAAAGGCCAGCAUACUCCCAUAUCCAGACAUCUUCCCAGUGUGUCCCUGAAAUCUCCAUCUAUGAUGGAUGCAUGACCCAAAUCUCAAGAUAAAACAGAAGAUCAUUUAACUAGCCAACUUGAUACCAGAUAACAAGGAUUUCCAACUUCUCAACCAAGGACCAUCAGAUACCCACUGAAAUUUCACUUCAGUUCUGACAAUUCCACCUUCUGGAGUCUGUUCUUUUUACACUUCCAUUUCUGUAUGAGGGCUGGUUUAAUUAGAAGUGAUAGGAACCAACACAAACCAGCUUAAGCAAGAAGGGAACUGUGUAGUGGUAUUACUGACUUCAGGUAGAGCUGAAUUCGGGACUCAAACAAAUGUUACCAUGUCUCUCCCACUCCAUCUCUCAGGGCUCUGCUUUACUUUGUGCCUUGGUCUCAUUCUCUUUCCUGCCAUGGACACACAUUCUCCAUGUGACAGAGAUAACUAAAUGCUAGCUGCUUCAAUCUUAUAUGCUUCUACCACCAUGUCCUCAAAAAUAAGAUAGCUUUGAGGGGAAGUUUAUGAUUGGCUUUAUUAGGUCACUUCCCCAUAUCUAAACUAAUUAUUUUGGUCAGGGUGAUAGAGUCCCCUGCCUGGCCUGAUGGGUCAUCUCUAUGGAGUGGAAGGCGGUGGGGGCGGGGGGGGCAGGUAGAGGUGGCAUUGUGACUGUCAGCCCCACCAAGUACUUUUUCAAAAAUAUUUUUUUAUUGAUUUCAGAGAAGAAGGGAGAGGAAGAGAGAUAUAGAAACAUCAAUGAUGCAUCCCCCACACUGAGAAUCUAGCCCGCAACCCAGGCAUGUGCUAUGACAGGGAAUUGAACCGUGACCUCCUGGUUCAUAGGUCAAUGCUCAACCACUGAUCAAUGCCAGCUGGGACCAAGUACUUUUGGAGUGCAAAAACAUGUACUGCAUGGUCUGGGAAAAAUGUGUAAUUUUCCUGGGUGGAGUAUAGGAUGCAGGUGAAAAGGUGGUGAAUGUCAAGUAGGAGGCAGAUCCAAAGAAAGGGUAUAAGUUUUAUCUUGGGGCCAGUAAGGAGCCAUGGAAGGAUUUACAUAGAGGAAUGAAAUGAUUACUUUGGGUUUUUGGAAAGAUUCCCUUGGGCAGCUAAGUAGAGAAUAGGUCGGAGGAGUAGAUACCGGGAUAAGGGGUCUAGUUAGGAAGCUAGAACAAUGGUUCUAAUGAGGAGGAAUAGGAAUAUAAAGGAGGGAUUGAUUUGAGAUGCAUUAAGAGGUAAAAUUGAAGAUCUUCAUGAGGUAAAAUUGGUUCCAUUUAAGUGAUGACGGUGGGAGAAAUCUAAGAUGCUUCCCUCUCAAGGUUUAGACUGAACAUGUCAGAGGUGUUAUUUACUAAGCUAGGAACAUGACGAAAAUGCAUAUUGAAGAGGUGAGUUUGCCUGUGGAGACUUUUCUUAAAAGGCAACUUAUCCACCUUGUCUGGUGUGGUUCAAUUGGUUGGAGCAUCGUCCCAUGCACCAAAGGGUCAGGAGUUCAAUUCCCAGUCGGGGCACAUACCCAGGUUGUGGGAAAGGAUGGAUAUACAGAUUUGGGAGUCAGCAGUUACACAGGCUGAUUUAAGCAGAAAAGCCAUUUGUUGGAAAGGCACUGGGUGGGUCAUAGAAUUGCCAGGCAGGAGACACAGACUUAGAAAGUAAGCAGGAACAAUGGGAUGCCAAUCCACCAGAGCAAAAGUCAGAAUCAGAUGCCAGAAUCAGAUGCUGGUUAACCAAAGCCUAGUGACAAUACUGCCACUGUCAUCAUCACUGGACACUAAGUAUCACCAUGGCCAGUGCCCACAUCACUACAGCCCUCCUCUCCCCCAGCAUGGGAUAAAGCUGACCCUACUGUGGCCACUGCCGCCAGGAUGAACUAUCUGUUGUUCUAGUUCUCCUAAUCACUUACUGCAGAAUCUACAUUUCUGGGGGCUACUUGGUCAGGCCUAGGUUUCAUGCCUCUGUUUUAGUUGCCAAAAAGCUGGGAAAGCAAAGACCCAACCUUUUCUAUGUCAGUCAUGGGAAGUGGGCUGUGUUUACCUUCAAGACCUGUAACAUAGGAGAUUCAGAAUCUGGACAUCCCCAAAUUGCCAAGGUCUGCUUCUGGUAGAGACUAAUGAGGUCACUAGGAAGAGUGAUGAGGGUAGAAAUGAGUAUGAAUUGAACUGUUUUUAAUCUAUUUAAAUAGUGAAUGAUAGAAAAGGAGUCUAUUAAGGAUGCUAUGAAGAAGCCAUAUUAGGUGUAGGAAGAGCAUAGCCUAUAGGAGCUAACAAAGGAAAGAGAUGCAGGGAUAGGGUGCCUAACAAUGCCAAGUGACAUUAAUUAGUCGAAUAAAUCAGAAAAUUUCCAGUGAAUUUAGUAGUUUGGAAGUAAUUUGAAACUUUGGUGAAAGUGUGUUCAGCAUAGAUUUUGGGGAGAGGUCAGAGGGCACUAGAUCCAAGGAAUAAAUGGGAGGAGAGGACAUGGAGAUGAAGAGUGUAGACUACUCCCUAGAAGCUUGGUUGAAGACAAGAAAAAGUAUGUAAUAACCAGUAGUAUG